CUUCAACAUCAAAAUUGACAAUUUGCAGUGCACCAUCAAAACAUUCAAAUCAAUCGCUAAUUAAUAGAACUUUCCAAGUUUUUUUUAUUUUUUUAUUUUAUAUUACUAUAUUAAUUUAUAUUUAUAUUAGGCAGAUCAUAUUUCCUAGCGAUACAUGAGCCCCUUACAAAAAUUCCGUGCUGCAUGUGUGAAGUCACAACCAGUGGUGUUACAAAAUGAAAGUGGUGUUGAGACUCAAUCCAUCAAGGAAGCUGCCACCAUUAAGGUAAAUGACGACGUGUUCCCGUUAGACACCGUGACCGAGUUCUACAGCGAGGACAAGCCACAGCUGUUACGGUCCGUGGUCUUUUGCUGGCUUCAUGACAGGUCAUCCAUCCUGGACUACCGUACUGAAUGUUUGGACAAUGGUAUACAAGAUUUCAAAUUUUUAGUGAAAACUGAAUUGAGUGCUUGGUUAAGUGGUAAAAGUGAAACUUGUGAGUUUGUCAAGAAUGAUAAUGUAGACGGAAGUGCCGCUUCCAGGGGUAAUGGAGUCACUACUUCUGACAGUAGUGUUAAAACUGAUGGAGAUGUGGGGUCUUCUCAAUCAAAAUCAACCGAUAUCAACGCUGUCAACGUUGAAAAUUCCAAUAAACGUAAACUUGAACUUCAAUAUGAAUCAGAUUCCAUAGAUCACAAUGCCGCUCUUCGUGGAUCGAAAAAUAUCGACUUUGGUUAUCUUAUAUCCGAUGCCAAGCGUCUCAUACAAACGCUUAAAAAGAGUAAACCAGGUCAAUCCUCAGCUCUUUCAUCUCUGGGUCAUUCAUCUCUGGGUUCGAAGUCUGCCAAGAAACAGCCAAUUAUCAUUGUUUCCCCUGCAACCACAUCUCUUCUUUCACUUGCAAACAUCAAGGAAUUCUUUGAGAACGGUCGUUUUGUCGAUCCAAACGAUGGUUCUGUCAAAAAACCAUCCUCCGGAAUUAUUACCAUUUCUCAUGAGUCUGAAAGAUUGGUUUCAGCUGCACAACAAAUCAUGGUGGUGGACAAUGUAGAUAUCUUCACCAAACCAGAAUAUUGGGACAGAGUGGUGGCUGUUUUUACCACCGGGCAAACUUGGCAAUUUUCCAAGUACAAGUACUCGAGACCCGAGGACUUGUUCCAACGAUACACCGGGUUCUAUGUUUCAUACCAAGGUGAUGUCACCCCUAAGCAAAUCAAGGAUUGGAAUGUGACUGAAAUCAAGGUUGAUAGAGGUGAUAAAAGAUUCAGAGAUAAGAUGAUCGUCAGAGACUUUUGGGCUCAAAUGGAAAAAGUUUUAAUUGGGAAGGGGUAUGGAAAGUAGAUGAUUAAGAAACAAACUCUGCACUGGCUACUGGCUAGGAUGUGUGU